CCUUUAAAACCAUACCAUAAUAUCCUAUAUUUUUCCAAACCUCUUUCUUUCUUUUUUUUCUUCUUCUCUUAAUUAUAUCAAAUGGGUGUUCAACAAGAUUCCAAUAACUCAGGCCUUCAUCUUGUUCUAGGCUUAUCAUUGAAUCCAAAUGAAACAACCAUCAACCACCACUCAAUAUCAAUGAAAAACUAUUCCUCCAACGAACCAUCCUUAACUUUGGGACUUUCUAGUGAAAGUACUUAUUGUACCAACAACCAAGCUCAUAGUAACAGUGUUGUUUCUUCUUUCUCAAGUGGGAGAGUACUACAACAAGUGAAGAGGGAGAGAGAUUUCAGCUAUGAAGAGGUUGAAGAAGAGAGAGUUAAUUCUUCAAGAGUUAGUGAUGAAGAUGAAGAUGCUACUAAUGCUAGAAAGAAACUUAGGCUUACCAAACAACAAUCUUUACUUCUCGAAGAAAGUUUCAAACUACACAGCACACUCAAUCCUAAACAAAAACAAGCUUUAGCGAGGCAAUUGAAUCUACGGCCUCGACAAGUUGAAGUGUGGUUCCAGAAUCGGAGAGCCAGAACAAAACUGAAACAAACAGAGGUAGAUUGCGAAUUCUUGAAGAAAUGUUGUGAAACAUUAACAGACGAAAACAGGAGACUAAAUAAAGAGCUACAAGAAUUGAAGGCAUUGAAACUAACAACACAAUCCUUAUACAUGCCUAUGUCUGCAGCCACCCUCUCCAUGUGUCCCUCUUGCGAGAGGCUCGGCGAAGAGGGUGGUCCGAAUAAGAUCACUGCCUUCACCAUGGCUCCUAAUUCUCAUUUCUACAAUCAUUUCAACAAUCCCCCUGCAGCAUGUUGAUUAUUAUUGUUAAAAACACAAGAGAUCGAUUGAUCGAAAAUUCCCCAUCAACCAUUGUAUUUUUUUGGUUGAGGGAUCGAUUGUAUGUCUAGCUAGCUAAUUAAGCUAGGAAACGUUACGUUGUAGUUAAUUAGUUGCUAAUAUACUAUAGAAAGUUAUAGUAACUGCAUAUUAAAGUUACUUUAAUUUUGGCUUUUAAUUUCUUCCUAUUGUAUGUUUAUAAAUAAUUAGUAUAGAAUAUAUACCGUUCUAAAGGAAUUAGUAUUUAGUACUAGUCUUUUUUCAUUGUUGAUUUUUUGCUUCAACUUUCAUGUAUUAAUGCUGUGGAAAAAAAUGUUGUGAACGGCAUUUUAUCUUGUCCCUAAAAAAUUAUUUAUUUUUUCC